GUUUUAGAUAAAGAUGGUGUAUCUGCAGCCAUGCGUUUAGCAGAAAUGUCAACUUACCUGGCACUGGAACACAAUAUGACAUUGUAUGACAAAUUGCAAGACAUUUAUAAGAUUUAUGGUUAUCAUGUCAGCAACAAUUCAUACUACAUAUGCCAUGACCAGAACAUUAUCAGUAAGAUGUUUGACAGGAUGAGGAACUUCAAAGGGCCUAAUACAUAUCCAGAAUCUGUUGGUGGAAGUAAAUUCAUUAUUAAGGAUAUCAGGGAUCUAACAACUGGUUAUGAUUCUUCACAACCUGACAAAAAAGCUGUCUUGCCAGUGUCUGCCUCAAGUCAAAUGAUAACCUUUUCAUUUGAAAAUGGAUGUGUACUGACGUUGCGAACUAGUGGAACUGAACCAAAGAUAAAAUAUUACUCAGAAAUGUGCGCCAGUCCAGAGCAACAUGACUGGGCAGCAUUGGAAGCUGAACUAGCAGAGUUGGUGGAAGCUGUAGUGCAAGAGCUUAUGCAGCCUAAGGAAAAUAAUCUUAUCCCCUCGAGCUGACUGAAUAUAUUGAAAUAUUUUUUUUAUCUAAUAUUUUUGCUACGAGUAAAUAUUGUACUACUACCUAAUUUGCCUUGUGUACUUGAAAGGGUAACAGUUACCUUCAACUUUCCAUUGAUUCAAAGCUGUGCCUAAUUGAUAUAGUAUUGCAUUUAGGUUUAUAUAAUUUGUGGUCCAAUAAUUUAUGUAAACAAAGUAAAUUGAUGUAUAUUAAUUCUUAAUUGGGUAUUUUUUAGAAACAUUUAUUCUGUUGAUGUUUUGUAAACAAAUACAUAAAUGAGUACAGGUGUUGUAUAGGCAGGAAUAUAAGGGUAUAAAAUUGUUAUUAAGAAUGAUUGUAUACAUAUAUUUAUUUGCUUGAACAAAAGCUUGCAUAUUUAUUUCCUUUUUUAUGAAUGUAUUGAUUUAGAAUGUGAAGGUAUUGCUGACAAUAUUUGAACAAUUUGUUGUAAUUAUGAGAGUUCACAAUGGCAUGUGUCCAUUAGAUCUAUGAAUGCUUUGUUUACCUCAGUGAGUGUUAAAGGUAAUUCUGGAAAAGUAAGGCAUAACAUUUUCUUAGCUGCAAACAUACUGCCUUUAUUUUCAUUAUUGUAAUAUAUUUCAGAGGACUGUGAUUAGAUAGUCCUUUUCAAGACACUUCAGAAUUUUAAUUCAUUUGUACUUUCAUGAAUAGUACUGCAUUGUCUGUUAAAAUUGAGUCUUCUUAUGUUAACUUUUCUCUUACUGCUUAGCAUUUAAAUAUUUUUAUCACUUCAAGUCACUCAAGCAGUAGAAUAUUAGAAUGUUUUGAAAUCAGAGCAAUGUGGGACUUAUAUGAAAUUUUGGGACCCAGACAUAUUAGUUUAUUUAGAAAAGACAUGUAUAUUUAAUAUAAUAUUCUUUUGUUUGACAAUUUAAUUUAAAGAACUGUACCGAAACAUGUUUGUCACUUUUUAAACGUGUGCUUUUAACUGCCAAGUUGUUUAAUUCAAAUGCAUUUUACAUGUUUUACCUCUAGAAUUUUAUGUGACUAUGAUGUAUAUUCAGUACUGUACUUUACCAUAAAUACAAUAAUACAUUACUAAUGAUGUAAAUGAGGAUGAAUUUUACAUUAUAUCUAGUCUCGUUAUACAUAUAACUUAUGUACCUUGUUAUCAUAAGUGAUCAUAAAAUUGAAAGGGUUAUAUUAAGUAAUAAGCCAUGAAAGAACCUUCUUUUGCAUGAAUUGAUUUUUAAUGAUACACUUUGAUGAUUAAGUAACCUGUUGAAUGUACCUUAUCAGGGUACAGCAUAAGGAAGGAUAUUGUUUGAUGUAUUACUCACUUGAAUGGUCAGUUCCAGUGUAAGACAUUAAGAUACUGGAGGAAAUAAAAGUUUAGGAGAAA